AUGGGUGGAGGUAACAAGUAUCAAUGGAUUUCUACUCGUGAAAAUGAUAAAAGAACAAAUUACACACAUUUAGAUAAUGGCGCAUUUGUUGUGGAUCCAUUAGUUGAAGAACUCUUGGAUAAACACAAUCUUUCAGCUCGUCUAAAUAAUGUUACAGAUAUUGAUCGCAAUUUUAUUGCUGAAAGAUUUGUGAAAAGUAAAGAAUAUUCACCAUAUCUUAAAGAUCUCAAGGAAAAGGUCGAGCGAGGCGAUAGAGAUAUCGAUGAUGGAAGAGUUUAUAUACGUUGGGUUAAUGAUCAUGUUAGAUAUGGGAUGUUUGCUGGUAAAGACUUUGAAAAAAAUGACAUUAUUGGACUUUACACUGGAUAUAUUACCAAGAACAUUAGCGAUUAUGAAUAUGCUUGGGAAUAUAAUUAUAUUGUUAAUGUACUGGAUGAAAAUAAUGCAAAAGUUGGAGUUUGUAUCGAUGCAAAAUACCGAGGGAAUUAUAUGAGAUUUGCAAAUCAUCGUGACAAUAACCCAAAUGGGGAUCAAUUCUAUACUAUUUAUGAUGAUAAAUGGCAUGUUCUUUAUAUUGCUCAAACAAGUAUUAAAGCUCAUGAACAAGUACUUGUUAAUUAUGUUGAUUCCUGCAACAAUAAUAGAUAUAUUAUUGAAUGGUUGGAGCUGUUGAGAGUAGAGUUGAUAUUUUCGGAUAUAGAAUAUUGGGAUAGAACUUAUAAUAUUCUUGUGGCAGCUGAGGCAUCAACCAUUUCAUUUAAUGCAAUCAAUUAUGCAUUUGAUCUAUGUUCACAUUUAUCUAAACCAUAUUCAUUGAAAAUAAUAUAUAUUAUUGCAUUGAAUCCUGAAACACAUGUACCAUUCUUAUGUAAUUUGGAUAAAGCAAACAAUAUUGACAUUCUUUCAGAUGCAAAAGAAACAAUAAAUAAAUUAAAAGACUAUUUAAAAAAUUUUGAUAAAACCAUGCCAAAAGUGAAAUAUGAAUUUAUUGAAUAUGAAGAACAUGGAACUGUAGGAGAAGUUAUAAAAGAAUAUAUUAACAAGAAAGAACCAAAUUUAGACGCUUUAAUUAUUGGAUCAAGAAAUCUUGAUGGGUUCAAAAAGAUGGUUUUGAGUUCUACUAGUGAUUAUUUAGUAAAACAUAUUAAAUGUCCAGUAACAAUUGUUAAAUCUUAA